AUGGCGAUGUACGCUCGUUCUGCAGAUGCCGCCACCAGCGGGCUGGCUGCAACUUCUAUUCCGAGCUACGUGCUAGAUUAUGCGCCUCUGGUAUGGAUUCACAGCGAAGAUCCAUACAAGCCAUCCGGCAUCGCUGAGCAUCUUGAGCAUGUCGUGGCAGAGGCCAAUUACCAACCGGUUCCAGGUGCCCCAUCACCACUCACGCUCGAUAACCUGGACAAGCUAAAUGCGCUGGCUAAUGAAAGCGUGUACCUGAGCUCACAGGAGGGCAUUGACGCGAACCCACAGCCUUCCUGGUUCAAUGGCGCAAAUAUCGACGCAAACGGGCAGUCGGAUGAUAUCUCGUCGGUUAUUGUAGUGCAUGAUCGCGGAGGCGGACAAGUCGAUGCGUUUUACUUUUACUUUUACUCGUAUAACCAAGGAAAUACCGUCCUGGGGAUGGAAUUUGGUAACCAUGUUGGCGACUGGGAGCAUAAUAUGAUCCGUUUCCAAAACGGAGCGCCAGAGGCGGUCUGGUACAGUCAGCACUCUCGAGGACAGGCUUUUACCUAUCGCGCGACAGAAAAGCGAGGAAACAGGCCUAUCGCUUACUCCGCAAACGGCACCCAUGCGGUUUAUUCGAUCCCCGGGGGGCACGAUCACACAAUUCCUGGGGUGAACCUCCCAAUAGGGUUCCUUGUUGACCAGACAGGGAAGGGUACCAUAUGGGAUCCCAUCCUCGGCGCAUAUGCAUAUAGCUAUGCAUCAGACACGCAGACAUUCGAGCCCUAUGACCCCAGCUAUCCAGUCAACUGGCUAGAUUUCAACGGGCGGUGGGGUGACGACGCGCUUCAAGGCGGGCCAGAAUUGUUCGGACAAGCGAUGUAUGUAGGAGGGCCUACUGGGCCGAGAUUCAAAAACCUCGAUCGAGAGGACGUGUGCCCGAGUGAUCCAUGCAUUGUCCUACCAUUCCGGAUUUGGAGUGUCGAAUCGCCCGAGGUUCAGGCGUCAUCUGCGUGA